AUGCCGUCCACCAUAUCGAGUCAAAUUGCAGGAUGGUGCGUAGGUCAGGACGUGGAGGACAUCAACGCACAGUUAUGCGUGGUGAGCGUCGGGUUUGAUGUUGAGGGCAUCGUCGCACGCCUCAUCCGCCGCGCCCUCUCAGGUUUGUCAUCACUGCAUGCCUGCGUCUCGUGUGUCGUGUUACCCGAAGGCACAAGAAGUGGGACUCUCUCGCGCGUGGCUGCAGCCAUCACUUCUUCUCUCAAUCACGUCGACGACGAACGCGUGCAGGUGCAUGUGGCGGAGGAGGGCACCCCCACCCGGACCCGCUGCACAUAUUAUCAAAGCGGUGGUGUGGUGGUCUUGAGCAGCCGCAUGUUAUGUGCCGACCUGCUGCACAGACGGCUGUCACGUGAACUUGUGGGGAUCGCCAUCGUGUUGCUGCCCUACGGAGGCCCAAGGCGAUCUGAUAGUGUCGUGCCAAGCAUCGCCUUCUGUGCAGAAAUUCUUCUUCGAGGCGGUGACGGUGGGGCGAGGCAUCUCCUCUCGCGUAGGCGUCAUCCACCUUUUAUUCUUCUUUCAGAUAACCCAUGCUUUGUACGCUAUCUGCUGCAGCGGCGGCGCAUUGGUCAGGAGCCGUUUCUCACAAAAGUACACGUCGACGACGUGCAACUGUUCCCACGCUUUCGACUCAAUGUGAUGCGCCACUUUGAGCAGCUUGCAAAGGAGAGGCCCUUGAAGGUGGAACGUGUCGCGGUGGGCGCGUCGUCGAGUACCACCGCCCUCGACGGGCUGCUCCGUCAGGUCUUAAAGGAGGUGAUUGGAGAGCUGCACGCCUUAGAGACACGUCUGGGUCAGAUCAGUGACCGCGGUUGCAGUCAUAGCGGCCGGACCGCUCAAACGGCUAGCGCUGAUCGCGACGCGGAUGAUCCCUUUUCGCGUCUGCAGCCUAUCUCGCGUCGACCGCGCUUGGAAAAGCAACCCCCCCGUUAUGUGCGAAAGCCUUGGGUGGUGCCCUCGGACCCCACCGUCAUUCUCUUUGGACGCAUCUCUGAGGAGGAUGCCCUGGAUGUGGCGGACCUUAGCCUGGAUGACGACUUGGACUACGCCCUACGUGCCCACGGCCCCCUGUGGUCAUUUGGUAGACUUGUUGAAAGCCUACUGGACGUUCGUGGACUGCGGCGCGAUGUGCGACGUCUCUCACCGUUUGCGUGGGUAUUCGCACUGGAGGCGUCACUGGCCGCACGCACGGCGCGCCACACACGCGAUGCAACCUCGCCAAGGACGUUCACGGUGCAGCCACCCGAUGCACCCUGGACCUUGUCGCAGCACUUCAGUUCGAUUGUCACGCUGGCUAUUCACCGCGUCGGCACGGUAGAAGUGCGGCCUGUGACGAAGAACAACGCCGUCCAUCAGAGCAGCGGUGAUGACAUCAAUACCGUUGGGUCUCAUCUUGUUGUGGAAAACGCAGAGGCGUCAGAAGACGAUGAUGAUGUGGUGUGUGUGGAUCCGGCCACACCGCAGCGCCUGCUCCUCCCGCGCACCGAGGAGGUUGAUCCAGGCAUGGAGUACGCCAACCGCGUCAUACAGGGCUGGUGCCGGGAUGCAAGACGCAGGCGAAUUACUGGGGGUCUGACGAAUUCUGUCUUUUUACUCAUUGUCUUUGGCGAGCGUGCGCUUCGUCGCUACGUAUGUCGUCUGACGCACCUGCUGGAGGAUUUCCAGACGUUUGAGCUGAACGGUUUCGUCGCGGCUUACCAAGCGAAACACGGGGCUGACAUUCGCCGAUGUGCGGAGGGCGCCCCCGUAACGGAGAAGGCGGCGGGUGUAAACUUGCGCACCUGGUUUCUCGCCGGCAGUGACGACGCUGUUGAGGAGGAAGGAAAUGUUACGGACGAGCAUGACGAAGGUGGAGAUGGAACUUCGGUUGAGAGGAGAGUUGGUGCCCAAGGAGAGAAGACAGGGGCGAGUGUUGUCUCGCAGGAGCCAAGUUUUCUCUUUUCCCAAGGCAGCACGGUGAGUACUAACCCUGCGAGCCAUAGGAGAAGGAAUGACAAGGCAGACAGCACCUCACUGCAUCACUUGCUUCUAAGCCAAGCCCCACUUACGCCGCCGUCAGAAGAGCGACGACACAGGCAGGGAAAUCGCCCGCCUGCCCCGUUGAGGCUUGAGUGUGUUGGUAGCGGUAUCGCCCUGCUGCGUGCAUCUUCCGUCGAUUGCGAAGCUUCGUCGUCUUCUCCACAAGUGGCAGUGGUGGACGGGUCAUUGAUGUGUGCAUCUGAAUUGAUUGCUAUGCUGAAGGGCGCUCAUGACGCAGUUGUGUUACCCACCCGAGUUAUGGUGGUGGAGCAGCAGCUUCGCUUCCUUCGCUUAUUGGAGAUGGCCCAGGAUGCACUACAGCCCGAGCGCCUGCGUGAGCUGCGGGUGCAAGUGCUGGUGGAGCAGCUGCAGGAGGCACCCUUCACUAAUCGCGUUGUGGAAGAGGAGCGUGAGGCCUUUGAGGCGUUGGCACACGCCAAGGCGACGCUGACAGGGUCCCUGCUAUCUGACAGAAGCACGCUGCGUGCAGUGCAGGAGAACCUCGAGUCAGGGUUAAUUCACGACCACAACCUGGGUCGGAGACAACGCGGCACCUUGGGACUUGGCCGCGAGGAGAAUUGUGGCGUGCAGUCAUCUAUAGCGUGUGGCUCUACGACGACCACGGCCGCUUCUGAGGCUCCACUCGUUGUGUUUGACGAGCGGGAGUUUCGAUCCUUGCUACCGUACGCGUUGUACCGUCGCGGUAUUGAGCUUGUUCCCUUAACGCUCACGACGGCCGAUUACGUGUUGUCGCCAUCGUACGCGCUGGAACGCAAGAGUGCCCCGGACUUUAUUCAGUCCUUACUUUCGGGUCGCAUCCACACCCAGCUCGCGGCUUUGUCUCGACGUUACGAGUUUCCAUUCUGCCUUGUUGAAUUUGAUCGUGGCGCUCCGUUUCGUCUGUCUUUUCCAUCCUCUUGGUCAUCACCCGCGACUGCCGCCGAAAGUGCCGGGCUGUUCGCACGGGUCGCGCGUCUCUUUGCAGCUUUUCCACGUGUUCAGGUGUUGUGGUCGCGCGAUGCGACGCAGUCGGCUGGCAUCAUACACGAGAUGAAGCGCACAUGUGCACGGGAGGCGGCGGACCCAAGUGCGCCCUCGCUUACACGAGCAAAUAUCGAUCCGCAGGACACCGCCAUGGAGAAGGAGGCGGCGCACCUUGCGGCCCGCGUUUUGUCAUGUUUCCCGGGCAUUACGCCCGGCAACGCGGCGCAGGUCAUGGCAACUUGUGGCUCGCUUGCGGGGCUCGCCACCAUUGACGUGUCCGCACUCACGGAAGCAAUGGGGGAGGAGAACGCCAAACUUCUCUACAGCUUCUUGCACGAUGACCUUGUCGCCAAGGUUCUGUAG